ACGUACCUAAGCGCUGUGACGCAGUUUGUUUGAGCUGCAAUUCUUAAAACAUCUCACGACGACGGACGUAUCCGAGUCGGUCCACCUCUUCUACUUCUUCCUCCUGUACAUAGUAAUAUUUUCUUUUUAUUUCUUUUCUUGCUAAUCCGAACCUCUUCUACAUAAAUAAUUACCUGCCAAGAUUACGCCUUUCUUCCGCCAAGUCACUAAGUCGUGAUACUAGAUCAGCCAUUUGCUUUGCUCUAUCCACGCGUCCCCUGACGCUCCGCCACAUCUCCAAGCCAACCCUUUGUUCGUCCAAGGCUCGGCGCCAACAAAUAUAAUAGCCGACUUUCCGAGCGCGCUCCAUUAUUUGUACCACGCAAGAAGAACUCUCGACCCCAAAACUUUUCACCUUCAUACACGCUUCCGUCCUUGGUGCUCGCCCUAUCAAGUCGAUUCAUCAGAACGAACGAUCGAUCAUCUUACAAUUCGCACCCAGCUGAACCCUGUCCAUCGGAUCAAAGCGCAAAUAGAUCUAUAGAUCCGAUCUGAGCCCUACGAGCUACACCUUAGAGUCACACCUCACUACCUCUCUCGACACCACAUUCCAUCAUCACCAUGGCCGACAAAGCCGAUCAUCCCCCGGCCUACGCGCCUCCUCCGCAAGCGCCUCAAGCUUCAUACCAGCAAGGACCCUACGGCGCUCCCCAGCAGCCCUACUACCAGCAGCAACCGGGCAUGAACUACGGCCAGCCGCCGCCCCAGGGUGGCUAUCCGGCCGGCCCGUAUCCCCCGCAGCAGCAGGGAUACUACCCACAGCCAGGCUACGCGCCUCAGGGCCAAUAUCAGAACCAGCCCCAGAAGAGCGACUCAAGCGACGGCUGCCUGGGCAUGCUAAUCGGUGCACUCGCCUGCUGUUGCUGUCUGGAUUGUCUGUUUUAAGGGAGGGGGGUGAAGUGAAGGCAUUUCCGAGUUUGAAGUUUUUGUCUUGCGCAAGCCGAGAUGUUGUUAAGGGAAAAGAAGCCGGAUGACUACCUAGGUAGGUAGUCGAUGGAGAGGAACAAGUACCUGAUGAGAACUGAAGAGGAGGUAAUACUACUAUCUAGCGGUUCGAGCAUACCACCUCGUCGCAUCCACUUGACCGAACAACGGGCCAGGGGGGGAUGAUACGAUACGCAUCCGAAGGGAGCAUGGCGUUUUUGGUCCUACGGAAUAGGUUCUUUUGUAAUUAUACGGCGUGAUACUAUUUCUGAGCAGUCCACGACGGUAAUCGCGUCAAGUCAAUUCCAUAUAUUCGCUACUGCUACAUUCACUAUCA